AUCCCUUGGCUAGCUCCUCACUACCUCAUUCCUUCUGAAAAUCAUUGCACCCCCUGGUACUUCUCCAAGUUAUAGAGAAACAAUGGUUCAGGGAAGAUGCAGUGCAGUGGCAGCCACGGUGCUGCUCUGCUUGCUGUCGCUCCACUUUGAGUCUGUUCGAUCGGCAACUUUCACAGUCGGAGAUAGCAGUGGCUGGACCUUGAACGCUGUUGGUUGGACUAAAGGCAAGCGCUUUAGGGCCGGAGACACACUUGUGUUCAAUUACAACCCUUCAAUCCACAAUGUCGUAGCUGUGAACAGAGCAGGAUAUAGUUCAUGCAAAGCACCAAAAGGUGCUAAAGUAUUCAGCUCAGGCAAGGAUCAGAUCAAACUUAGAAAGGGCCAAAACUUCUUCAUCUGCAGUUCUGUUGGUCACUGUCAAUCUGGAAUGAAAAUAGCAGCGAUUGCUGCCUAGUGCCACGAGUUUGCCUUAAGAAUUAAUGUAAUAUUUGGUGCCAAAAGGUCAAAUCUAGUGCUGGCUUUGCUUUGCUUUGUUUGAGUGGGCAGUUGUUGGUGGUGGUCCAAAAUAUUAAAAUCUAUGAUGAUUAUGGUUUAAGUGGAGAUCUUGAUGAUUAAUGUUUUAGGGGUUUACUUUAUCCUCCCUUUAUAAUAAAAUAUAGCGUGUUUCCGAACCAA